AUGAAUAGCAUUAGUGACUUUUGGAUGAGCUCCAGCUCCAUGUCCACAGCAAUGGACAUGAUCUUCGCCAUUGCCUGCGGAGUGGGGUUCUUUUUCCUACUAAUCCCAUUCCUGAAGGAGUAUCCAGGGUCACCACCACCCGGGAGCGAAAAGAACAUCUCAGAGGUGGUGAAGAGGAGGCAGAGCAAGGACAGGAAGAAAUCCGUUACUGUAGAAGGUUGCAGAGAUAGUCAAAAGAAUUCUCUGGAUAUCCAACAUGCUUUACAGACUAUGGAAAGCCCCAUCCAGCAUCUUUUACUGGACUCUUCUCCCCACCUUUUUUGGAACUCUAAGGAGAAACUAAAUCAGCUUUCCCUCCCUCAGCUGUUUUCUUACCUCAAGGUCUUAGAGGCUCUCAUACAGCAGAAAUUUAACCAACUUUUAUUGGGUUUAUCCUCUGUGCUCUCUGAGUCAGUUGUGGCUACUGCCUGGAUCUCCAGAGAACCCUCCUCAGGAGAACGUAAAACUGUGAGGUUUAGUGAUUCACUUGGCUUUGACCAAGCUCUACCCCUAGCUAAAGGACCACCACAGAGAUGCCAGGACCAGCCAUUGCCCCACCAACUUGUGACACCAAGUUUGGUAGGUAUGACAGAAAUUCAGGAACAAGAAAACCUCCCAAACUCUAUAUCAUAUCAAACACCUUCGACAUUCCAGAGUAGGGCAUGUGGAACAGCAUAUCCUACCACUGCGACAGGGAUACAGGUACCCCUUCCAACUACAAAUGAACCCUGUCACCCUGGAUUGAAUUGGAAAGAUAUUCCAGGUUGUAAAGUCCAAAACUGUCAAGGAGCCAUUAGCCAGCCCAUUGAGAGCUUAGCCAGGUGCACGCUGCCCACUAAAAAUACCAGGUCAGCCUUCAUCCUUCCUGAGCAUUAUCUAAUGGUCCACCAUCAUGAGCAGCCACAGCAUGAAGAGAAGGCAAUUAAUUUAGGAGAACAACAAAGAACGCACGCCAGAUUCCUCCCUUCUAAGGAACCAGCACAGCUCCAGGGAGAUUCCCCACCAAACAGUAAUGGUUAUGGCAAGAACUGGCCUGAACUCAACCAACCUGCCCAGCCCUCCACCCUCAACUCCAAAACUUACAAGUGGAACCAGAUGAUGGGGCCUGUGCCCAGUGGGAUGUUAUUAAAGAAGGUCAUAGCAAAGUAUGGCAUACCUAACACCAUCAAGAAGGACCUUAAACUUAGGGUUAAAGACCUGCUUUGUACUUCAAGCAGCACCCCCGGGGAGAGUCUGGAAACCAAGAAUCUUACGCUGAGGACAGAUGAGCACUCUAUGAACAUCACUGAGAACCUUUCCUUCCUUGACCCAAAGACUACAAUGAUGAAAUCAAACAUCAUGCAGCUUCCCAUGAAACACAGACAAUUACCCUGUGAUUCCAAGGCCGAACCCUAUACCAAGGCUGCCUUUAUCCUGGAAAACUUGCAUCACCAAGAUCCAGGGGGAAUAAGGGUAGAAACUGCAUCAUCUGCCAGGCUGCGAAGUCCUCUGUUUGAACAAUCACCUCCAGAGGUACAGAAGACCCAAAGUUCCCCCCCACCUAUUGACAGCCAUGGUCACUCAAGGUCCCAUCCAGAUCAAUGGCAGAGAUACCAGAGUGUUCAGCCCCAUGCUCUCUGCUCCCAGGCACAACCCCAGCAGAGCAGGACUAUCCAAGGGACUGGGAGAUAUAUCCUGCAACCAAAUACCAGCGUAUGGAUGUCCAAGCAUGAACGCUGGAUUAGGUCUGAGGAUGUGGCUUCAGGACAUCCCAGCUGGGGUUCAACAACUGUGGGCUGUAGAGACAGAGUUUCACCCUCAGUGGCCAAACAAACCAACGUAUUGAAGAUAAAAGAAGAGUCACCUCAUGCGUGGAGAGCAAAUCUGGGAUCUGGCGAGAUUACCAAUGGACAAGCCUUAAAUAAGAGUAAUGAGGACUUUGAGCCCAUAGAGGCCAAAAGAAGUCAAGGCCAUCUCCAAAUGCCUACCCAACAAAACACAGGGUACUUGCAUUUAAAAACAGAAGAGUAUAGUAACAAUGACUUGAAAGUAAACAAGCAGCCACAGGCCUGGUCUGUAAGCCAUCAUGCAGGUGGCUCUAAUACAGUACACCCUGCCAUGGUCAGAUUGCCUUCACACUCAUUGCCCAGCCUCCAGAGUGGGUCACAAGACCCCAAGACUUCCCAGGGCUUAGGUGAUCUCCUCAUGAAUAGAGAUCAGAGUGUGGAGACUCAGUUCAGAGUCCACAAGGAUAAAACUGAACCAACGAAGGACAGUGUAUUUCAUCCCUCUGAAAAGAGGCCCAGUAAUUUGAAAUAUGGAGGCAUAAGCCAGGGAGAAAGGCUUGGAAGAGUAAAGUCUUCUAUUUCAAGUUUCACCCAGCUCAAGGAUUCAGCCAAGACUGAAAGUAAGUCCUCCCCUAAUAUAGGAGGAAAAAGAGAGGUUCCUUCUAAAAGCUCCUUGAAGUUCAUCUGGAAUGCUGCACAAUAUGAAAACCUCAGCACAAAACUCAAGGGGCAGAGGGAUUCUUUGAAGAAAGAAAUUCCCCCACCAGCUACUGAGCAGACACAGGAGGUAGUACAUAGAAUAAACGUCAUUUACAGUACAGCAGUUGAACUACAAUCCCUCAUGGACUCUCUAGUUCAUAAGCUGGUGAAAACUGUAGGUGAGCCUUCAGAGUUGACCAAAAAGCACAUGACAAAGGUACAAGAGUAUAAAAUGGAAUCACUGCCAUUCCAGCUGGGUAGCUUUUCCCACUCUUCUAAGGGACUCCAUGACCCAAACAAAAGCCGAUCAGUAAGAAGAAUGAACAAUGACCACACCAGCCCCAAGGAGCACAACAACCAUACUUUCAUAUAUAGAGGAAAUAGAGACAAAAUGCAGGCAGGCAUGGAUGUCCAGAGAGUCUGUUACCAACAUCGGGACAAAGUGAAGAUAGGCUUUGGCCAGCACUCCACUCCCAUGAGGAAUGACAAUCCAUGUUUUCACAAGAAAGCUGGAGACAAGCAGGAGUCAAGUCUUGCUGAUCAGAGCACUGGUGACGCAGAUCAAACUAAACCAAAGAAUGAAAUUGGAGGCUCUCCACAUAGAAUCCCAGAAAGGCACAACCAGUCAUCCAGAUACAGAGAAAUUAGAGACAAUCAGGAGCCAGGUGUGGACCAUAAAGCCAUUGACCCACAUCAAAAUACUAAGAAAGGAAUGGGCUACAGUCAACUUAUGAGUCCUAAAGAGAACCACCCAGUCAAGAUCAGUGGAACUGCUGCCCAGGGAGCCUCUGACCCAGAAGAAAUUAGAACAAAGAGUGGAAAGGAGUGCUCUCCACAUAGAAGCCCCAAGAUGCAUGACCACUCACUCAGACACAGAGAAGUUAGAGAUAAACCACAGCCCGGUAUUAAUACCCAGAGAGCCUAUGAUCAACAUCUGAACAGUCCAAAGAAAAGAAUGACCUCUGAAAACUUCCUCACUCCUAAGGGGACCAACCAUCCUUGUUGGCACAGGGUAACUGGAGACAAGCAACACUCAAGUCUCUCUAACCAGAGAGCCUGUGACCCAGAACAAAUUAGAAGGAGUGGAAUGAGCUCCUAUCCACAAAGAAGUCCCAAGGUGUAUCACCUUUCAUUCAGUUCUAGAGAAAUUGGAGAAAAAUUGCUGCCAUUGGUUAAUGCCCAGAGAACUCAUGACAAGCACCCAAAUAGUGUGAAGACAAGAGUCUAUGACAACCUCCCCACUCCCAAGGGGAGCAACCAUCCACAGGGUUAUAGAGUAAUUGAAGACAAGCAGCAGUUAGGUCUUGCUUACCGGAGAACCUGUGACCCAGGUCAAAUUAAAAAGAGUGGAAUGGGCAAGGGUCCAUGCAAAGACACCGAGGAAAGCAACCUUUUAUACAGAUAUAAGAUAAUUGGAAAUAAACAGCAGCCAGGCAUUGUCCAUAGAGCCUGUGACCGACAUCAAAGUACAAAAGAAGGAAUGGGCCAUGGUCAACCUAUGAACCCCAAAGUGAGCCAUUCAGCCAAGCACAGGAGAACUGGAGGCCAGGACCAGUCAGGUGUUGCUGCACAAGGAGCCUCUAACCCAAGGUAG